AAGCCAGGCGGUGUUUUGACGUUUUAUUUCAUACCUUUAUUAUUCAUAAACCAUUUUAGUUGCAAUAAUCUGUCGUGCAGUUGCUUCUAUUAGGUCACUAAGUACAAAGAAGCUAAUCUAGAAAUUGAACGUUUUUCAUUUUAUGAUGUCGGACGAAGUUGCCAAGGCCCAAGCAGCCGAUGCAACCGCUGAGGACACAAUAUUUGGCAAAAUCCUUCGCAAGGAGAUUCCUUGUACUUUCAUAUACGAAGACGAUAAGUGUGUCGCAUUCAAUGAUGUUUGCCCGCAGGCUCCAAUCCAUUUCCUUGUGAUUCCAAAGAAACCGAUACCGCAACUCUCAAAGGCAUCCGAAGACGAUGAAGCCCUGUUGGGUCACUUGAUGUUGGUUGGCAAAAAGGUCGCCGCCGAACAACAACUUGGCGAUGGAUUCCGUGUGGUUAUAAACGAUGGUAAAAAUGGAGCUCAAUCGGUUUAUCACCUACACUUACAUUUCCUCGGUGGUCGUCAAAUGAAAUGGCCACCGGGUUAAAAAAUCGAUUGCUUGAGUAUCGUACUUUCCUGAAUAAAUGAAAAUUGUUCUUUGAUCAUAA